UGUCAGAGCUCUCAGCUCAUUGGCGAAAGUAAAUUACGCCAAGGAAAAGCACCUCCCUUUUUGGGCGUGGAAAGAUGGCGUAAAAAGCCACAAUGCGCAGGCGUCGUCGCUCACUUUUCCCCUCCCGGCUUCUGCCGCACCUGACGCCUGCGCAGUAAGGCUGGCAGACGCACUGUGGCGGCUGCCUGAAGCUAGUGAGUCGCGGCGCCGCGCACUUGCGAUUGGGUCAGUGCCGCGCGCCGCUCGGUCGUUACCGCGAGGCACUGGUGGCCUUUAGGCUGGGCGGUGCGGGUCAGCCCUGGUUCGCCGGCUCCUAGGUCUUUGAACAGCCGUGAUGUCGAUCUUCACCCCCACCAACCAGAUCCGCCUAACCAAUGUGGCCGUGGUACGGAUGAAGCGCGCCGGGAAGCGCUUCGAAAUCGCCUGCUACAAAAACAAGGUCGUCGGCUGGCGGAGCGGCGUGGAAAAAGACCUUGAUGAAGUUCUGCAGACCCACUCAGUGUUUGUAAAUGUUUCUAAAGGUCAGGUUGCCAAGAAGGAAGAUCUCAUCAGUGCGUUUGGAACAGAUGACCAAACUGAAAUCUGUAAGCAGAUUUUGACUAAAGGAGAAGUUCAAGUAUCAGAUAAAGAAAGACACACACAACUGGAGCAGAUGUUUAGAGACAUUGCAACUAUUGUGGCAGACAAAUGUGUGAAUCCUGAAACAAAGAGGCCAUACACCGUGAUCCUUAUUGAGAGAGCCAUGAAGGACAUCCACUAUUCGGUGAAAACCAACAAGAGUACAAAACAGCAGGCUUUGGAAGUGAUAAAGCAGUUAAAAGAGAAAAUGAAGAUAGAACGUGCUCACAUGAGGCUUCGGUUCAUCCUUCCAGUGAAUGAAGGCAAGAAGCUGAAAGAAAAGCUCAAGCCACUGAUCAAGGUCAUAGAAAGUGAAGAUUAUGGCCAACAGUUAGAAAUCGUAUGUCUGAUUGACCCGGGCUGCUUCCGAGAAAUUGAUGAGCUAAUAAAAAAGGAAACCAAAGGCAAAGGUUCUUUGGAAGUACUCAAUUUGAAAGAUGUGGAAGAAGGAGAUGAGAAGUUUGAAUGACACCCAUCAGUCUCUUCACCUCUAAAACACUAAAGUGUUUUCGUUUCCGACGGCACUGUUUCAUGUCUGUGGUCUGCCAAAUACUUGCUCAAACUAUUUGACAUUUUCUCUCUUUGUGUUAACAGUGGACACUGCAAGGCUUUCCUACAUAAGUAUAAUAAUGGGGGAAUGAUUUGGUUUUAAUUAUAAACUGGGGUCUAAAUCCUAAAGCAAAAUUGAAACUCCAAGAUGCAAAGUCGAGAGUGGCAUUUUGCUACUCUGUCUCAUGCCUUGAUAGCUUUCCAAAAUGAAAGUUACUUGAGGCAGCUCUUGUGGGUGAAAAGUUAUUUGUACAGUAGAGUAAGAUUAUUAGGGUUAUGUCUAUAUGACAAAAGGGGGGUCUUUCCUAAAAAAGAAAACAUGUUGCUUCAUUUCUAUUUAAUGGAACUUGUGUUCUGAGGGUCAUUAUGGUAUCGUAAUGUAAAGCUUGGAUGAUGUUCCUGAUUAUCUGAGAAACAGAUAUAGAAAAAUUGUGCCGGACUUAAAUAAUUUUCAUUGAACAUGCUGCCAUAACUUAGAUUAUUCUUGGUUAAAAAAUAAAAGUCACUGAUUUCUAAUUCUUAAAGUUUAUAAUAUAUAUUAAUAUAGCUAAAAUUGUAUGUAAUCAAUAAAACCACUCUUAUUUUUAUUAAA